UCAGACCGAAGCUCUCGCUCCUGCACUGCACACCAUCUCUUCAUCAUCGGAGACUCUCCUCAUCACUCCAUCAUGCUGAGCCUUUUAUGUGUGCUGGUUCUGUUCAUCUCCUCAGCUCAGUUGGAUAAACGCUCGGUGGAGAAUAUAAAGAUGAGCCUGAUUGAAUCUUCAUCAUCCUCGUUGCUGGAGUCCUCCUCCUCAUCAUCAUUAGAAGCAGCACAUCAUGGACAUGAUGAAGGCGCGCAUCAUCAUCAACUUCAUCAUCAUCAUCAUCACGCACCGCGAGUCCCGCGCGCGUCCCGAUCCAAACCGCGGGAACGGCACCCCGACCCGUUCUUCACCACACCGAGAACGUUCAACGGCUCGCUUCGCGUUCACAACCCGUUGUUCCCGGUGACGGAGGAGUCGUACAGCGCCUACGCGGUCAUGCUGCUCGCGCUCAUCGUGUUCUCCGUGGGCAUUGUGGGUAAUCUGGCGCUGAUGUGUAUCGUGUGGCACAGCUAUCACCUGAAGAGCACGUGGCACUGCGCGCUGGCCAGCCUGGCACUCUGGGACUUCACGGUCCUGUUCUUCUGCCUGCCCGUGGUGAUCUUCAACGAGCUGACCAAGAGGAGACUGAUGGGAGAUCUGUCCUGCAGGAUAGUGCCAUAUGUGGAGGUGACGUCUCUCGGCGUGGCCACGUUCACUCUGUGCGCGCUGAGCAUCGACCGCUUCCACGCGGUCACUAGCGUUCCGGCACGGCUGCCGCGCGUCGAGUCCUGCCAGUCCAUCCUGGCCAAGCUGUCGGUGAUCUGGGUCGGGUCUCUGGUUCUGGCGGCGCCGGAGCUGCUGAUGUGGCGUCUGGAGCAGCGAGUGUCUCCACAGACGGGUCUGCCGGUGGAUUCGUGUAGCCAGGAGCCGUCCGUGGAGUUGCCCGAGACGCUAUACUCGCUAGUGCUAACGUACAGUGAGGCGCGAAUGUGGUGGAGAUUCGGGUGCUUCUUCUGCCUGCCGCUAUUGUUCACCGGCGCGUGUCAGUUGCUAACACGACACGUCGCUGACGAGAAACGCCCGUCAUCCGCGGCGUCGUCCGCGUCAUCGUCUCCGAAGAAGCAGCAGCGGGAGCGUCAGCUAACACGUACGGUGGUGGCGUUAGCAUCCAUAUACGCCGUGUGCAGUUUGCCGGAGAAUGCUUGGAAUAUUGUGUUGGCGUCUGCGGGAGUGGAAGUGGGCGUGGCUACGCGGGCACUCCUCGCUCUGAUUGGCCAGUUCCUGUUGUUCGUUCGCACGGCGGCGACGCCCAUUUUGCUGCUCUGCGUCAGUCGUUCUCUCGGCCAGGCGUUCAUGGACUGUUGCUGCUGCUGUUGCGACGAGUGUCUCCCGCCGGAUUCUUCGUCCGCAUCUUCGUCCACAAACGCAACCGCCAUCUCCUCGUCACUUUCAUCGCCCGUACAGGAGGAGAAGCUGAAGAUCGUGUCGGGAACCUCGCCCGCAGAGUUCUUCGAUAAAGUCAAGGAUGCUCCGGUUGAGCUGAUCAUUGGAACGCCGUGUUGAUCCGGAUAAAAACUGUGACAGGAAUAUCGUCCAUCACUAACACUGUUCUUCACUCUUCAAUUAAUAGGAGUUCCUCUAGUGGAAGCCUUUGGAACUGCAGCCGAACACACACACUCACUGAACGCUCAUUAUUUAAAAUAUCAAACUCGAAUUUGCACAACUUUUUCAGAGCUCUUAGAUUUUCUUGCCGUUUUAGAGUAAAACGUGUUUUUGAAAGUAUAGAUUUCAUAUAACAAUGGAAAAUAGUAUUUUUGUGCAUUUUUCAUAACAAUAAACGUAAAAUUCUGUAUUUUUUUCACUUUUUAAAACGUUUGUCACGUCAGCAAUAAUCUGCUGAGUGUCGUGUUUGAGAAGAGAUCAAACUUAGGUCUGUCGCGCUAAAGCGUUCCAGAUUUACCCGUUUAAGUUGGAAAUGUAAUUUUCAGGUCUAUGCUCAAAACGUGAAUAAAUAAUUAGAAAUACACCGUAAAUAUAAUGUAGUGCCAUAAAAUCCCCUUAAAAUAUUAAAUAAAUAAAAAACAUUAUCAAACUAAAAUAUUGUACAUUUCUUUCACUGAAAUAAAAUAAUAACAUUGGGUCAUUUUUGAGUGGCGCGUGAAGAUUUCAGAGGAUUUAAAGGGCCAGUUCACACAAAAAUCAUCAUUCACUCGUUCCAAACAUGUAUGACUUUCUUCACAUGAAAUAAAUUCUCACUCUCUCUUUAAAGACAGCCGCUGGAUCGGGUUGAACUACUUUCAGUCCAAUACAUACGACUUUAACCAUUCUAACCAAUAAUAUGUUGUUUAUGCACAGAGACUGCUGGAUGGACAUGAUUUACCGCAAACUUGAACAUUUUUAUGCACUUGUAUCUUUAAAUUGCCUUUUGUUUUAGAACUCUGAGAAUGAAAAUCUGCCUCUUCAGCUCAAAGAUUGAGUGUUUCACCGUCUGAUGCUCUGCUGGAUGGAUCUGUGCAGAGACGACUGACUCUAUGAACUAUAAGAUAACACGUUAGAAAUGAUUAUAAUAGCAUUUGUUAGCGUCAGAUCUUUUGUAUUUGUUUUUUGUACUUGGUUGCAGCCAAUAAAGUUUUAAAAGAGUUUGAGUAUGUCACAUAA